CCUGGCAGCCGGGCUUGCAGCGCCGAGCGGCCGCCGGAGCCGCGGCAGGAGAUUCUCAGCCUGGCCUAUGAGAUGAUGGGACUGGGAAACGGGCGUCGGACCAUGAAGUCACCGCCCUUCGUGCUGGCUGCCCUGGUGGCCUGUAUCAUUGUCCUGGGCUUCAACUACUGGAUCGCGAGCUCCCGGAGCGUGGAUCUCCAGACGAGGAUCAUGGAGCUGGAAGGCAGGGUCCGCAGGGCGGCCGCCGAGAGAGGCGCGGUGGAGCUGAAAAAGAACGAGUUCCAGGGAGAGCUGGAGAAGCAACGGGAGCAGCUCGACAAGAUCCAGUCCAGCCACAACUUCCAGAUGGAGAGCGUCAACAAGUUACACCAGGAUGAAAAGGCAGUGUUGGUGAAUAACAUCACCACCGGCGAGAGGCUCAUCAGAUCCCUGCAAGACCAAUUAAAGGCCCUGCAGAAGAAUUAUGGAAAACUGCAGCAGGAUGUCCUCCAGUUUCAGAAGAACCAGACCAACCUGGAGAGGAAGUUCUCCUAUGACUUGAGCCAGUGCAUCAGUCAGAUGCAGGAGGUGAAGGAGCAGUGUGAGGAGCAGAUAGAAGAAGUCACCAAGAAGGGCAAUGAAGCCGUGGCUUCCAGAGACCCGAGUGACAAAAAGGAACAAAGCCUGCAGCUCCGAGCUCCCAGUGAGCCUCAGCCUAGGUUGCAGGAAGCAGGCCUGUCCCAGGCAGAGGUGCCACAAAUGGAAGAAAACAUACCCAGCAACAGUGAGCCCCAGACACCAGCCCCCAGUUCUGAGGCAGCUUUGGACUUGAGGAGAGAGGGUGAGAAAGAGGAAACCAAUGACAUCCAGGUUGUCAGCGAGGAGGAGCUUCAGAAGGACCGCCUGGGGCUGCCGCAGGAGCCAGCCCAACAGCAGAUUGUGGAGGCAGACAGACAUGCGGGCAGAAGAGGAGUGGGAGAUGCUAGAGACCUUGGCCAAACCCCACAGGUGCCUGCCACCCUGUUGAUGAGCCAGGAAAAUCAGGAGGUGGAGGAGCCCGAGCGGGACGAGCUUGUGGUCCAGGAUGGGCAGGAGGAGCAGGAUGCUGACGAGGAAGGGAGAAACCAGCAAACCAUGGGAGGAGAUGACGACUAUAACAUGGAUGAAAAUGAGGCGGAGUCCGAGACCGACAAGGAGGCCGCCCUUGCAGGGAAUGACAGAAACGUGAACGUUCUUAAUGCCGAAAAUCAGAAAAGAGACGAUAAAUUUACUUGAUCAGCGGGGGAAGAGGAAUGACACAAACUGGAAUCAUAUGCUUCGUGUCAGGACUGAACAGCGAUCACUACAAAAUUUCCCCAAGGGAUUGAAUACUGUGAAAUGUACUAAGUAAAACAUUCAUCUAAAGAUGAUUAUUGUGGAAUUUUAGUAUGUACUUUAUGUAGGAAAAUGAGAUUGUGUUUUUGAUGGUUUUGGGGGGUUACUCUUCAAGCAUCUUUGUCAAAGAUGUUAAAAUGUGUUGGCUAAUAGGUAUUUCAUGAGAAGAUCAACACCAAAAACAGAACGCAAGUUCUCCAAGGGUAGCGACAGUGGCCCUUCUUAUUCUGGAAUCUGCCUUUGUUCAAAAUCAAGCCCGUGGAAGAGUCCAUCUUCGGAUGCGGAGGAGAGGCCUGCGCACUCAGAGAACUCCUUUUUCUCGGUUCCUUCUGGAGUUCUCCUCUUCGCCAAAUGCUGUGCUGAGGGAGGGUACCAGCCCGGCCCUCUGAUCCCCCUGGUCGGCACUGGGUUAUGGGUGUGCCCUCCUGUGCUCAUUUCUGGUUCUGACACUCCGUGGCCUACAGCACUGUUAACACAAAUACCACUAACAGCUGUGUAAACAAGUUUAAGUACCAAGGUAUUUUGUGGAGAUUUUUAAAAAGACUACUUAUAUAAUAGCCCUUGUUUGUCAUUAAUGUUAAGUGGCUUGUAAUGUGAAAAUGUGAUCUGUACUUACUUUGCUAGUAUGUGUGGGCAAAGCAGAAUCUUCUGUAAAUCACCAAGAAAAGCUGUGAGUGGAUUGGACUUCUGACAGUGGGCCAGAGCAGGGGGACCUGUGCCCGCGCGGAGCAGUGAGGGUGGCACAGCACUGCGGGCUGGGCUUGUUGUGGGCAAACUGCCUACUUCACUGGAAGGAAAAGAAGAGAAAGUUGAUAUUGAAGAGCUGAUACUGUGUCACAAAUUGGGCAGGUUUAGAAAGGCAACAGAAAUGGCAAGUGUUUCAUAGUUUUCAAAUUUAGCUUGUAGUAAAUGCCUAUCAAAACUGAUUUAAAAAUCAAGUUAAUGUUCAUUUAAAAAUGACUAAUCAUAAUUUACAUUGAUAAUAGCAGUAGUAAGUGGAGCUUGAGUUGGUCCUUAACACGUCAGUAAAUAGGCUUUUGCCACCUGUGAAUGACUGGCAGAGCCACACUAACGGCUCUCUGUGGGGCGCUCUGAAGGGCAGCCAGGUGAGGACCUUACUUAGAUAUAUUUGGAGUUACAGGAUUGAGACAGCCUCCUUGGAUCAGAGGACACGGCCCAG